AUGGUGCUCUCGCUGCCUAGCUUCACCCGAUCCACUACUACAUCGUCAACCCCGCCGCUGCGCCCUCGCGAUCCCCCCCAGCAGCAGCAACCCCCGCGCCAUCGCCAGGAAUCAACCGGUUCAUCCGCCGGCAAACCCUCGUGGCCGUCCUUGAAUACGUUAGCGUCAUCGGCGGCAAACGGCAGUCAGUCAACAACACUGAGCGAAGCCCUACGAAACAACCCCUUCGGCAGCACCUCGCGUUCACGUGCGGAGCAGACGGCGUUGAGCCAGACGGAAGAACAACGACGGGAGCAAGAAGAGCUGAACCAUGCGUUGAAUGUGCUGGCAUAUGUCUUUCCAGACGUCAAAAUCGAAGUAUUCCGCGAGUUGCUGGUCCGGUUCGAUGGCCAGAGCAGGUUACAUGUCUGUGUGGAACAGCUGCUGCGUCAUAAGAAGGAAUGGGUGGCAGGAAGAUGGAACGUGCCAGAGGUGAUGAAUCGCGGAGGUUUAAUUGAUGGAAGUCUAGGAGACGGUGCUGCGGUUCCACUAGACGAGCUAUUCCGAAGCGACGACUACAAGGUCUCGGUGAGAAUCGUCCUGGCGAAGGAGUUCAGCAGCCUCAGCAAGAGCACGAUUGAUGCAGUGUUGGCGGAGGUCAACUUCUCCUACACCCGGGCUCGACCGAUCCUGCGAGACCUCUCACGAAAAACGUGGCGAGCGACGUUUAACAGUAUUUUCCCUUCCUUCCGACGGAAGAAGGAUAAAGAUGCCCACUUGAUGUUGGUUUGGCAGCGACAGGACGAUGGCGAGCUUCUACCAAAGCUGAAAGAGACGGGCAGUGCGGAACUGGAUAAGGAACUCUACGAUACAAUCCUUGCUCCUCUGUUGGCCCAGCAGAAAGAAGCGCAGGAGGGACGAGACUUUCAGCUGGCGGAGGCGCUGAACGAAACCGAGGCGAAAGCAGCCGAUGCAUUGUACGAGUGUGAAUGCUGUCUGGGGGAUAUAACCUUUGAACAAGCCUCAACCUGCUCGACGAAUUCGCACAUCAUCUGUUACAACUGCAUACAGCGGACAACUCACGAAGCGCUCUUCGGACAAGGGUGGGGGAAAUCGAUUGACGCGCAGAAGGCGACCCUCAAGUGUCUGGCACCACUGCCUCACGGCAUGUGCGAUGGGAGUCUUCACCCGCAGGUUGUCAAGCAGGCCAUUCUCGUACAGACGUCGGGAUUCGAAACGUACCGGAAGUUUGAAGAUCGGCUUGCCUCCGAGGCACUCCUCAAAUCGCAGCUCAAGCUUGUUCGGUGUCCUUUCUGCUCCUAUGCCGAAGCAGACUCUGCUUACCAUCCGUCAACUCGAGGGAUAGUGUGGCGGUUUCGUCGAGGCGGCAUCAUCUCAAGCAUUGUCAUCACCAUCGUGCUGCUGGAUCUGAUCCCGCUCCUUUGCAUUCCAGUUCUGAUACUCCUGCUUAUCGAUCCUGCUGCGGUCGCGGCGGUUUUUAGAAACUCUCUCAUCAGCCUCUGCCUCAAGGUGCGCCCCAAACGCUUCACCUGCGCCAAUCCAACCUGCCGACGCAGCAGCUGCAUCACAUGCAACAAGCCCUGGCGUGACCCUCACAUCUGCCACGAACCCCUUCUACUGGAUCUGCGCGCCACCGUCGAGGCAGCUCGCACUGCCGCCGUCAAGCGGACAUGUCCACGGUGUGGGCUGUCCUUUGUCAAGUCCUCUGGUUGCAAUAAGCUGACAUGUGUCUGCGGGUAUUCCAUGUGCUACCUCUGUCGCAAAGCUCUAGGGCCACCUCUGAAAGGCGUCGGUGGCCAAGAGGAAGAGGCCGCGGAAGAAGCAGAAGGGUACAAGCACUUCUGCGAGCAUUUCCGGAUCAACCCGGGCUCGCGAUGCACGGAAUGCAACAAGUGCGAUCUCUACGAGGCCGAGGACGAAGAAGCCGUGGCGCGCCGCGCGGGAGAAAAAGCCGAGCGAGAAUGGCGCCUCCGCCAGGGAGUCGCAGGCCACGGCGUAGGUGUCGGCGGCGUCCUGCGCAACGUCAAUUCAGAUUUCAACCAGUACACUGCCAACCUUGCCUCGUGGUCGUGGGACCUGCAGUGGUCCGACUCCUGGAAGACAGUGCAGUACUGGCUGAUAGAUGCGUGGCUGGACGGCCGGUGGAUAGCCGAAGGCCAGGCCUUGGUUGACUCGCUUGUCGAGCAGGUCGUCGUCAUCGAGGAGGUCUAG